CGAAUCAUUGCCACCAUUGUGGUACUCUUCUUUCUCCAGUGCAAGGCUGAUAUGCCGCCAGUAAUGGAAGGUUUAGACGAGAACAAGGUUGGAGGUGUUUGGUAUGGAAUUUCCGCAGCAUCCAACUGUAAACUCUUUCUGCAAAUGAAGUCAGAGAAUAUGCCAGCCCCCGUCAUCAUCUAUUCCAUGAACAAUGGGCACAUGAAAAGCAGCACUUCCUUUCAGACAGACAAGGGUUGUCAGCAAAUGGAUGUCGACUUGACAACUGUGAAGAUAGGCCACUACAAAUGGAAAUCACCACAAGGAGAUAGUGAAACUAUCAUUGCUAGGACUGACUAUAACACAUUUUUAAUGGAAUAUAUGAGGAGCCAGAUGGACGAGAUCAUCUGUACAACUGUUAAACUUUUCGGGAGGGAAGACACGCUUCCUGAAGAUAGAAUUACAGAAUUUAAAGAUCACAUCAAGGAUUUGGGCCUCAAGGAGGAGGAAUAUAUCAGAUUCCAUGAAAAA